ACUUGUUAAAAGUUCUCUCUCUUCUCUAAAUUUUCUUCAAAAGCGAUUUUCAGCAUAUCUAGAUUUAGUUCUCGGACAGUUUCUGCUUCGUCAUUUUGAAGAUCCAAACUGAUUUUUUCGGCGCUUGAGAGAUAGAGACAAGCUAUCCACUUUGUUUUCCACUGAUUUAGUGAAGGUGUUAUCUAUUGAGUGGUGGAGCAUCAAACCUCUUUGAACCGAGGUUAGGCGUGUUGACCCAUUGUAAGGUUGUGUCUUUGCGUUCAAUGGAGGCAACAAAUUAGCUUUGUUGGUUCGUUACCAUCUCGUCUGGUGGCUGUGUGUCUACGAUUUGGUUGAAUUUUUGCGUUUGCGGCUUGGAAUGGCGGGUGUCUAUGUCGUAUCUGGCAGACAAAUCCAUCUUCUUGGCGGUUAAUCUCCAUUUGCAUGUCUUCCUUUCGUUCUAGUUCUAGUUUUGUUUGUGCCAUUCACGUUUGGCUUCUGAGUUGUGUCGAUUCUUUUCAUCUCUUAACUUUUGUUCCUCCAGCGAUGUGUGAUUGUGAGGCACUAAAAAGACCAGACAUGGUUCUCCUGUUCCGGACUAGGGUGUCGCUUUGCAACCAGAUCGAAUAUGUUCGACGAGGAGACAUGGCUGUGAAUUAGUCAUCCUAGGGCCACGAUGUCCGUUUGGAUGUUUUGGCAGACUAAUUUUAUUCUUUUUUUUUUUUGCAAGAUCUAAUAAAUUUGGAUCUAGAGAUUGUCGUCUUCGUAAUUCGCCUUUGUUUUAGAGUGACAAUCAUCUUUGCUCUCGACGGAUGGAGACGGUUGGCAUUUUUUGCAGAUCAUUGUUCCAUGCGUCGUGGACUCUCCUUCAGAUAAAAGAAGAGAUGGGGAAGCAAGGGCCUUGCUAUCACUGUGGAGUUACAAGCACACCUCUAUGGCGAAACGGGCCACCGGAGAAGCCGGUACUGUGCAAUGCGUGUGGCUCCAGAUGGAGAACGAAGGGAUCACUAGUAAACUACACUCCCGUUCGUGCUCGUGCUGAAGGUGAUGAGGUUGAGAUUGACGAUCGAAGAGGUGGUCAAAAGAUGAUGAUGAUUAAUGGAAUGUCUAUGAACAAAAAGAGGAAACCAUAUCAAGAAAACUUCACAGUUAAGAGAACCAACUUGGAGUUCAGUAACGGUUUCAAGAAGAGGUCUUUAGAAGAAGAAGCUAGCAACAAUAGGUCGAGUUCAGGGUCUGUUGUAUCGAACUCAGAGAGCUGUGAUCAGUCUAACGUGUGGGAAACGAGUUUUGCUGCUUGUAAGAAGAGGACGUGUGUGGGGCGUCCGAAGGCUGCUUCUUCUUCUGUUGAGAAGCUCACAAAGGAUCUCUUUAGUAUUCUACAGGAACAGCAGUUUUCUUGUUGUGUCUCUGGUAUUUCAGAGGAAGAGUUGCUGUUUGAGAACGAGUCACCGAUGGUGAUAGGACAUGGGAGUGUUCUUUUGAGAGAUCCUCAUGAGGACUCUGAAGCUAGCUCGCUCUUGGUUGAGAACAGCAAGUCCUCAUCAAUACAUUCUCAAAACUCUGGUGGAAAAGCUAUAAAGCAGGAGCAACUCAAGAGGACCAAAUCUCAAGUCUUGGGAAGACAUAGUUUACCACUCUGUAACAUAGAUUUGAAGGAUGUUAUUAACUUUGAUGAGUUCAUAGAAAAAUUCACAAAGGGAGAGCAGCAAAAACUGAUGAAAUUACUUCCUGAAGUUGACUCUGUUGAUCCUCCUCAUAGCCUCAUGAGCAUGUUUGAGAGUUCUCAGUUCAAAGAAAACUUCUCCUUGUUUCAGCAACUAGUCGCAGAUGGUGUCUUUGGAACAUCAACUUCUUCCUCUGGAUCAAAACUUGAAGAGUUUAAGACACUUGCAAAGCUUGCUUUAUCCGAUCCUGACAAAUCCCAUAUGCUGGAAAGCUAUCAGAUGCUCAAGGGACAGAGAAAAGGGAUUGAAGACUCAUCAAGGGUCUCAAACCAGACUCCAUCAGAUAAUAAUAGGCUAGUAACCAUUGAAAGACCUUGUGAAAGCUUAAACCAAAACUUCUCAGAGACAAGGGUUGUGACGAAGAGCCCCAAAGAAGUAAUGAAGAUUAGAUCAAAACACAUUGAAACCAAAGAGAUUAUAGAGAACAGUGUCUCUUCCUUAAACCAUAUGAGCUACGGUGGAUCUAUGGUGUGUGGUGGCUAUGAAGAUAAUGAUAACUCUGAUCAGGAUCUUCUUCUUGAUGUGCCGUCAAAUGGAUCAUUCCCUCAGGCAGAGCUUCUUCACAUGAUAUGAUAUGAAAGAUGAAAGUUUCUCAAACUCAGUUGUUGGUAUUUCUCAGAACAAAGACUUAAAAGACUCUUUAAAGAUCUCUCUCUGAUCCGAGGAGAAAACU